AUGGAUAAUGAUAUUUUUAAAUUUGCAAAGGAUUUUCCUAAAUUGUGGUCUAUUAUGGAAAAUCCAAUACACACUAGGGAGGGAGUGAAUACUGGUAAUUGUGAUACAAUUGAAAUUGAUAAAUUUCCAGUUUUUAAUUCCUCUGUUAAGGAAAUAUGCGAAAAAGUGGAAAAUUAUGGGGAAACUGUAAAAAAAAAGAGGAGUGAAUAUAAUUUUACCGAAUCCCAUUGCAUAUAUUUGUAUUAUUGGCUAUAUUAUAAAAAUGGUAAGAAAUAUAUGAGUGAAGUUAAAAGUCUUUAUCAAGAAUUGAUAACAUCUGUUGAUUUAAAUUAUUGUAGCGGAUACAUAGGAAGAGAUUACAAUACACCUACGGAUAAUGAAAUGUCAAAACUCAAUGAUCUGAAUGACAUGUACACUAAACUUAAUAAUUCUUGUAAUAAUAAUUGUGAAUGCUUACAGAAAUGUUCCGAAAUAUAUGGAACACAUGUGCAAACAUGUAAAUAUCAUAGAGAUGCAUAUUUUUGUAAAGAAUUAUUAAAAAUAAAAAAACAAUAUGAUGAUAAAAUGAGAAGCAAUGUAUGUGGAUCUGAAACGCCCAAAAUUUUACCCUCCUUUCAAAAUCAUAAUAUAACAACCCUUACAUUAAUUCCAAUUUUUGUAAUUUUAGCAAUAUCUUCUUUUUUAUUUAUCUGUUAUAAGUUCACGCCUUAUAGCCCAAGAUUUCUAUGUAGGGCUAUGAAGAUAAGAAGACAAUAUAAUAAUAUAGAUGAGGAAAUGAAUAUACAGGAAUUAUCUUUAGCACCCAAUAGUGAUUUUAGAAACAAUAAAUAUCAUAUAUUAUAUAAUUCUCACUAA